AUGUUGAACAUCAUUCCCCCCUUCGCCGGUGUGCCGCCAAAACCACCGGUUCCCAUGCCCGACAUGUCGGCCUUUGGUGCUAUGGGGAUGGUCUCGGCCGACACGCCUUUUGGACCCAUGGUGUAUCCUAUGUUUCCGCCGCAGAUGCCUCCUCCUAUGAUGAGCCCGGAUACUCCAAAUGGCAUGACUAAUGGGCAUUCUCCGGUACUGACAAAUGGCCAUGCGCCAGCCAAGGGCGACAAGCCAGCUCUCAAGGUCGGCACUUGCUGUGGCGGUGGUAGCAAUGUUGUUGCAUCUCCUCCCCCGACCGCCUCUUGCUGUAGUGGUGGCGGGAGCAACGGUGUCGCGUCCCUCCCUCCGACUACCCAGUCCUCGACGACGGUACCGAGCCCAACUGUUCCAAGCGAGAGGAAGACCAAGAGCUGCUGCUCUUCUGGAACCAGCUCACCAAAGGCCGAUGCGAAAACCGACGUGUUGCCCACAUCCGAAGUCCCCACGCCGAACGGCCUCAUCAUGUCCCCCUACCAAGCGCCCAUGGUCAUGCCGAAUGGCAUGUACCCGUACUACCCCCAGCCAACCAUUUUUACCUACCCGCCUCAGUAUGGCUCCUAUCUACAACCUCUCCAACCCGAACAGUGGCGACAAGUUAUGGCUUCGAUGACAUUUGCCGCACCGGGCACAAUGCCUGCUCCGUUUGCCAUGCCUAACGCCGUACCAUACCAACCUCAGGGUCCGCCUCAGUCAGCCGCUAGUACAUCUCACUCAGCCGCUGGCACCUCCCACCAGUGCACCUGUGGCGAAGGUUGCCAGUGCGUCGGAUGCGCAGCGCACCCAUACAACGAGGCGACCCAGAAUUAUGUGCGGUCCGCGUGGGAGAGCAUGCUGGAUGAACCUCACAGCGCCGGAGGACAUGCCCAUGGAGACCACGCCCAUACCCACGUCAACGGCCAUGGCCCUAGAAGUAACGGGUCGUCGACCCCCAUCGAAACUUUGAAUCUUGACGGCAUACCAGUGGUUGGCUCGGCUGAGGGCACGAAGUCGCCAACCGCUCCGCAAACACCCUCAGACGCGGCCUCGGGGAUGAGUGAUGAACAAGCACUCUCGGCCAGUGAUUUCUUCUUCCUUCACCUGACUUAUUCAAUGGACCACCGGCAUAAUUCUAGCCACCGGGAGCCCCGUCGCGAGCAUCGUUCGCGCGAAUGGAGUGAAAGGGGAAGCCAGGAUCGCGACUCACGUCCAAGGGAUUCGCGCUCGCGCUCUCCCAAGCGAGCCAAGACGUCUUCAUCGCGACGCGAUAGGCCUUCAGAAGAGUCGAGUCGUCACCACAAAUCAUCAAAACAUCGCUCUUCUCACAGGCACCGUGAACAUGCCAGCCGCACAGCCGAUGCGAGGGUGAGCGCCGACUUGCCGUUUUCGGCCAGACAGUUGUCCAAGCUCGACUUGGAGACUUUUGAGCCGGUGUUCGCCAACUACCUCAGUCUCCAGAAGCAGAAGGAAAUUGAGGACAUGGAUGACCGAGAGGUCAAGGGCAGGUGGAAGAGUUUUGUGGGGAAGUGGAAUCGGGGUGAGCUGGCUGAGGGAUGGUAUGACCCGGAGAUGUUUGCGAGGGCCACUGCCGAGGACUCGGGGUACUCCCGAAGGACGUAUUUGAAGGCCAAGGAUGAUGUGGGACACGACAUGGACAACGACAUGGAUAACGACAAUGGAGAGCAAAAGCGGGAUGGUAGCGACGAAGAUGACGACUAUGGGCCUGUCCUUCCUACCUCAGCCUCUAACCGCCGCUCCGGCCCCGGCAUCCCUACGCUCCAGGACCUCUCCCUCCGAGCCGAGCUGGACGAAGAGGACAAGGAAGCCUCCAUCGCCGCUCUGCGCGAAGCCCGCAAGGCCGAUCGGACCCUCCAGAAGGAGCGCCUUGACGAGCUGGUCCCCCGCGCGGAGGCCGGCACGCGGGAGCGCAAGUUGGAGAAGCGACAGAUGGUCAACGAGAAGAUGCGCUCAUUCCGAGACAAGAGCCCCGGCAUGGAGGCGGGCAACGAGCAGCAGAUCAUGGGCGGCGGCGACUCGAUCGAGGAAUACAAGCGUGCCAAGCAGAACGAGCAGCGGCGCAAGACGGAGCGUGAGAUUCGCCGCGAAGAGGUGGACCGGGCCAAGAGGGAGGAGAUGGAGGAGAGGCGAAAGGCGUGGAAGGAGAGGGAGGAUGGGACGGUAGGGAUGCUGAGGGAACUGGCGCGGCAGCGGUUUGGUUAG